AUGGCGACUCGACCAGCUAUGAUGGACGAUACCGUUACCAACACCGCGCUGACCAGCACUCCCACCACGGCCACCACGCCGGCUGCUCUGACAGAGCUCUUCGAAAAGGCCGAGGCCGGCUUCCCGCCGCGAUUCCGCGAGCAUGGAUGGUACUUGACCGUCAUCGCCUCGCUCAUCGGUUCAGGCCAACAGAAGCUUGCUGGGAGUCUCUACACACAUCUGGUGGCCCAGCCCCAGUACCAGACACCCACUGAGCGCCAAGCCCUCAUCCGCCGCCUGCGCGAGGCCAUGGUCAAGUGCAUCAUCAUCAAUGGCAUCCCCGUCGUCAUCGAGGCCGUCACAUCAGUCUCGGAGGUCGAGAGGCCCGAGGACACGGAUCAGUCCUGCUCGCGCGAGGACUGGAAGAUCGGGCCCGAGACGUCGAAGCGCGCCGCGGCUGUGCUCAAGGUGCUGUAUAAGAGCGAGGUGGGCGCCCCCGUCGAGGUGCUACAUGCCCACAAGGAUAUCCCAUGGAUAUCGGUCAACGUGUCCUAUGGCCUUUUCCUCUCGGACCAUCGCAUCCUCGAUAUACAGGAGACGGAGCUCGUCGUGACCCCCGCGAUUAUGACACAGAAUCUUCAAGACCCGACGUAUUGGCAUCUAAGGGCCUGCCUACGUGUAGGCAUGGAGCCGGAGGAGGUCGAGGCCAUCCAUAAGGUCAUCGAGCUGGUAGCAGCCUAUGGGGGGAAGACGCUGGACGUAAAGCGCGUCAAGGACGUGACGGAUGCGUGA